CGUCCCCCGGAAAUAACCACCACAGAAUAAGUUACCUUUUACCCUGAAAGCAAUUCCUUCCCAGGUAGCUGAAUAAAACAUGAAAAAGGCGCUGAGGGAAUAAUAAGGUCACCAUGGCUCCAUAGGUGAUAAGAGUCACAGAGACCGUUCCUUACUGAUAGGGGAAGAACAUAAAGGGGAUUUUUAUCUCUCUUGCUCGUCUCUAUUCAUGUUCAAUCUGCCCUGUUUAUUGAGAUGUCUUAACCGUAGAAUCAACUGCAGCGUUCAUAAUCUAGAACAGCAGGAGGACUGUAUUCCUUUAUCUGAGUUCCUGGUCCCCCAGCCCGGCGAUGGAGUUCCCCCAGCACUCCCAGCAGCUGCUGUCCGCCCUGCGUCUGCAGCGGCAGCGGGGCUUCUUGUGCGACUGCACCGUCAGCGUGGGCGCGUCCCGCUUCCCCGCCCACCGUGCCGUGCUGGCCGCCUGCUCGCCCUUCUUCUACAUGUUCUACUCAGACUCCCCGGGGGCCGGGGCCGGUGCCGUGGGCUCGGUGACGCUGGACAGUGACAUUGUGACGGCGGAGGCCUUCAGCCUGCUGCUGGACUUUGUGUACGAGGGCCUGCUGCGGCUGGAGUCGCCCUCCAUGCCCGUGGAGGACGUGCUGGCGGCGGCCAGCUUCCUGCACAUGAACGAGGUGGUGCGGGUGUGCAAGAGGCGGUUGCAGCGGCGCGGGCCCCUGGCCGAGGCCGACAGCACCCGCUCCGAGGAGAGCUUCACGGCCCGGGCCGUCCCGGAGACGGGGGGCAGAGGCGGCGGCGCCCCAAGGGAACCCCCCCCUCCGCCGCCGCCACCAAUGACCACGGAGCAGAGUCGUUUGGAGUGUGUGAAGAUAGAGAGCCGCGCGGCGCCGGGACCAGAGCGCGCCCCCUUCAGCCCAGACCUUGCCGACACCACGCAGCCGGGCAUGGACACCCCGCCCGUCCCCCCCGCGGCCGGGCUCCCCCUGGGGCCGGCCCCGGCGCUGCCCGCCCGCGGGUUUGGAGCUCUGGCUCUGCCUGGUCUGGGCGGCCAACGCCUCUACAGCCCCUGCAGCACCACUGAGGCAUACAGUAACCAGCAGCCUUCCUCCUCCUCGUCCUCCUCGUCCUCUCUGGGCGUGGCCAGCCAGUCGGGGUUCGGGGGGGUGGUCCUCCCGUCCCCCAGCCAGGGUCGGGAUGACCCCUGCCAGCCGUGGCACACGGAGGAGGGCAAGAGGACGGCCCCGCAGCCCCCCAGAGCCCAGGCGCUCGCCGCCCCCCCUUCGCCCCAGCCCCACGCAGAGCACAAAGCCCCGCCCCUGGGGCCCCUCGGCCCAGGGUCCCUCCAGGACCCCCCCAGGUCAGAGCAGGGGCCCCGUCUCGCUCCUCUGACCAACAGUGCCCUGGAGCUGGAAGGCACGGUGAUGGGGCCCGUCGGCAAUCCGGCGAUGGUCGGCAUGGCGAUGGGGCCCGUCGGCAACCCGGCGAUGGUCGGCAUGGAGACGGGGCCCAGCAGUAGGAAGGAUUCGGGGGGUCAUAGCGACGCUCAGAUGGGCGGGGCGAGGGCGGCGGCGGAGCAGCAGGUGGGAGAGGGCGUCACGGUGAAGGUGGAGGCCAUCGUGAUCUCCGACGAAGACCUGGAGGAGGGCGAGACAGACGAUGAGGACGGGGGCGCGGGGGGGUUGGCGAUGGAGGUGUUGAACGGGGAGUACGACCCCGACGGACAGCAGGACGAGGGGGGCGGCGACCGCUACCUCUCCUCCCACCUGCCCCUGAUGGGCCAACGCGCCGGGGAGCACUUCUCCUUCCCGCUGUCGCCCUCCUCCGCCGGGCCCCGCUCCCUCUUCCCGCCCAACGGGCUGGGCUCCGACCACCCGGCCUACUUCCAGGACUUCCAAGACUUCCAGGACGCGGCCGGGGGCUUCCCGGACGAUGUGCCGACCUGCGGCGUGUGCGGCAAGACCUUUUCGUGCGCCUACACGCUCCGCCGCCACGCCAUCGUUCAUACGCGCGAGCGCCCGUACGAGUGCCGCUACUGCUACCGGAGCUACACACAGUCGGGGGACCUGUAUCGGCACAUACGCAAGGCGCACGACCGCAGCCUCCCGGCCAAGCGGAGCAGGGGGGAGCUGGAGCCUCCGCCGCCACAGCGCGUGCCCUCACACCCACACCCCCCCCUCAGCUAACCCACUCCUUGUGCACCAUUGAUUACUGAUGUACAGAAACAGACGCACCAGUACUGAGACUUAUUUAUUUUUAAUCUACUCCGAUGCCAUUUUAGAAGCUGUUUUAACAAACAAAAAAUAUGCCCACACUAAAACACUAAUAACCUGCUUAAUCAGACUGAAUUGCGCUUGGCUUUACUAUAAUCCAUUAAUUUACAUUUCGAACGCUGCAGUUGACACUUUUAUCCAAAGCCAAUGGCUUUUUUAUACAAGGACAACAGCUAAUGCACACAUUCACACACCCGACGGCAGAGUCAACCAUGCAAGGCCAGCUAGCUCGUCAGGAGUAGUUAGCUCUACCUCCUGAGCUAUUCCCAACCUUGGUCUUGCCCCAUCUUCUCUUAUUUGUCAAGGGGGAACAAACCGGGGGACUCAAGUUAAUGCCGUAUAGAAGUGAAAUGUAAUUCAGUCAGAUUAAAUCAGGCAACUAUGACGCUACCUUUUGGACAACUUGGUGUGUUCCCUCAGUUAUAAUUUAUUUAUUUUACGCAAGGUGUGAAAAAAAAAAAAGGGUUGGCAUUAAAACCCAUGCCAAACGGCAACCGUGUAAUAAUAUGUGGCUUAAGACCUAUUUUGUAUUACUGCUAGCAUAUGUUUGUAUUAGAGGUAGUUUAUCGGUGUGUAGUUAUUGUCUAUAACCUGUGUCCUCAUACCCUCCUACACUGUCGAGAUGUAAUGAAGUGGACUUUUUGUUUAUUGCCGAAUUGCCUUGAUCUGUUAAUACAAUGGUUACAAUUCUCCUUCUGGCUGGAGGUUCUAAACCUGCAGAAGUAAAAAACUGCUCGAGGGACAUAACUCAAUGUUACACAGUGCUUGUAAUAAGAUGAAUACUAAAGUGCCACAUUGCAGUACUUAGGAUCACACAAAAAAGGUAUUUGUAGCAAAUAUGUUAAUGUUCAUUUUAUUAUUGUGAAUAAACGUUUAAAUCUA